CCGCGCCCUCUCUCUCCCCCCCGCCUUCUUUUUCCCCUCCCGAACCCUAGCUCCGCCGGCGGAGGGCCAAAUCCCGGCCGCAUCCCCGGCGAGCCCGUCCAAUCCGCCUGCCGCCCUCUCAAUCCUCCACUUCCAACCUCCAUAACCCCCUCCCUCUCCGACCCCGCCGCACCCAAGCUCCGUGUGCGGUCCGACGGGUCGUCCAACGUGGUUGCAGCGCUGAGGAGCUGAAGAUGACGAGCUCCGUGCAGUCCGGCGGGGCGUCCAGCCGGUCAUCGUCGCAGUCGCGAUUGGGAAUCGAUGGGGUCCGGCCUCGUCGCCCAUACCGUAUAGGGAGGGGCCAUUGGAGUACUUCCCGCCGUUCCUUUGCCGGUGCGGAAAGAAGGCACCACUGUGGAUUUCUUGGAGCGAUAAGAACCCUGGGAGGAGGUACUACAUUUGCAUGAGAUCCCGGGAUGGGGGUUGUGAUAUGUUCGCCUGGGCUGAAGAAUCGACCACGACUCCAUUUGUGCAGCAGCUGCUUCGUGAUUUGCGGGACAUGGUUUGGCGUUUAAGAAGGGAGGGGAUAAACCUGUCGGCAGCAUUAGUUGAAGCAAGAGAGAAUUUUGAGCAGGCUGCCAAUGUCCAUGCUGCAGAGGUGCUAGCUAUGAAAGCAGAACUCCAACUGAAAGAGAAAGAAGUUGCAGCAGUGAAUGAAAGAGUUAGGAAACUAGAGAGGGAAAGAAUGAUGCUUCUGUUUGCACUUGUUGUGGGAUGUGCAGCAUUUGUGGUGCUUAGGCUCAUGUAAUCUUUGCUGGAAUCAUUUGAAAUGCUUGACUAUGACUCAGCGUCCAAGUUGUAAAUGUACUUGUCUGUGCAAUCCAGAAUCCUUUGUUAGUUUGUUAA